AUGCAAUGUCAACCUUGUAAAGACUGUUACAAACAAGACAGACCCAUAUUUGAUCCUUCAACUUCAAGGACAUACAGUACUAUCCCUUGUGUUGCUGCUGAAUGUCUGGAUGACACACAUACUUCUUGCGAUUUUAACAAUAGAGAGCACUGUACAUAUAAAGUGAGCUAUGGUGAUGGAUCAACUACAGAAGGAGAUUUCAGUUGGGAGACCAUUAGUCUAUAUUCCAGUUUGGAAGAUGUUCCUGUAGCAUUUCCCCAAACUGUGAUUGGAUGUGGACACAACAACGUUGGAAUCUUUGGUGAGCAAAGCUCUGGCAUAGUUGGCCUUGGAAACGGACCAUUCUCACUUGCAGGUCAGUUAAAACCUAAAACAGGUGGAACGUUUUCGUAUUGUUUGACGCCAAUGUAUGAAGGAGAUGCAAAACCUAGCUAUCUCCAUUUUGGAGAUCGUGGUGAGGUUACUGUUAAAGGUGCCGUUUCAACCCCUUUCAUCAUAGACAUAGCACGGCCAUCCAUGUACUUCGUGGUGAUGGAAGCAAUCAGUGUGGGAAGCAAGAGAAUAGAGUUUCCCAGAAAUGGUGAAGAUGGAAACAUCUUAAUUGACUCAGGGGCAACGAUGACUUAUUUGCCAGAUGAGGUUUACUCAGGUUUGGAAGGAGAAAUGGUAAAUGAAGUUAAAUUACCUCGUACUAAUAGCCCAAUAAAAGGUUUGAGGUUGUGCUUCGGAAUUACACCUGGUGAAGAAUAUCAUAUACCAACAGUGUUUGCACAUUUUAAAGGUGGUGGAGUUGUGGAAUUGCAUUCUAUCAACACCUUUGUCAAGGCCAGUGACACUGUCAUAUGUUUGGCUUUCCGUUCAGGUUCUCAAGCCAUUUUUGGGAAUUUGGCACAGCAGGACAUCUUGGUUGGCUAUGACACACAGCACAACACAGUCACCUUUCUCAACACAGAUUGUACCUCAGAGUUAUAG